CUCUAAGUAUACUUCUAUAUAUUGUUCUAGAUUCUAUCUACGUCGGCACUUGGCAGAAUUACCUAAUGCCAUGUUUGAGACAAAUCUCAUUAAUAUGUUUUUAUCGAAAGACGUUGGCAAGAAGUGGUUAAUAUAUAUAGUUAUUAUGCAUGUUGAGUAGAAGAAACCGAAUAUUAUAUGGCCUAUAGCUCUCCCAUUAAAAUAAGUGAGCAGCAACAAGAGAGGGGGCAAAAAAAAAAAAUCAAGCAGUCCAAAUUCCCCAUGUCAGUAAAAUUAAAAAUACAUGGAAACAAGGAUUAGAAUAACACACAAAUGAAGUGAAGCUGCCAAGGAAGAAGGAGAGAGGAGCCUCAACCACAUGGCUCACCUGCCAGCCAGCCUACAAUACGAAUACACUCUUCCUUGCUAUAAAAACACAGAGAGAUACCCUUUUCACAUGAUAGAUAUAGAUUCUGGUGUAAACGUAUAUUCCCUCUAGUUAUUAUAAUCUGAUUCAUGGAGAAUGCUGACGAAAACGCCGGCGAAGAUUACACACAGGACGGGACUGUGAGCCUCGCCGGCCGGCCGGUCCUCAGGUCGGCCACCGGAGGAUGGAGGGCUUGCUCUUUCAUUGUUGGGUAUGAAGUGUUUGAGAGGAUGGCUUACUACGGCAUAGCAACGAAUCUGGUGGUCUAUUUAUCGAAAGAGCUUCAAGAAGGCACUGUUCAGUCAGCUAACAACGUGACCAAUUGGGCUGGCACGGUCUGGAUUCUGCCCAUCUUGGGUGCUUACGUCGCCGAUGCUCACUUAGGCCGUUUCUGGACCUUCGCCAUCGCCUCUGCCGUCUACUUCUCGGGUAUGAUACUGCUAACCCUCGCGGUUUCGGUGCCAGGCCUCAAGCCACCAACGUGCCCCAAUGGAGCAGCAGAAUGUGACAAGGAAGUCACGCCUCUGCAAAAAGGCAUAUUCUACUGUGCACUAUACAUCGUAGCAGUAGGAACAGGAGGGACCAAGCCCAACAUCUCCACCAUGGGAGCAGACCAGUUCGACGAGUUGGAGCCCAAGGAGAGAACUCACAAGUUGUCCUUCUUCAACUGGUGGAUGUUCAGCAUUUUCUUUGGCACCUUGUUCUCCAACACGUUCCUGGUUUACCUUCAGGACCAUGUCGGGUGGAGCUUGGGUUAUGGCAUUCCCACUGCUGGACUCGGGAUUUCCAUCCUCGUGUUCUUCCUAGGAACUCCAUUGUACAGACACAAGCUCCCCGCGGGGAGUCCUUUCACUAAAAUGGCGCAGGUGCUUGUUGUUGCUGCAAGGAAUUGGAAUGUUGCCCUGCCUCAUGAUCCCAAUGAACUCCAUGAACUUGGCUUGGAGGAAUACGAGAAGCUCGGGAAGUUCAAAAUUGAUCACACACAUUCGUUAAGAUUUCUGGACAAAGCUGCAGUAAAAUUGAGCGGGUCAACCUCGCCAUGGCACCUAACUCCAGUGACCCAAGUAGAAGAGACAAAGCAGAUGAUGAAGAUGCUUCCAAUCCUAGCAACCACAAUCAUCCCAAGCGCCCUUGUGGCCCAGAUUGGGACUCUGUUCAUCAAACAAGGGACAACCCUAAAUCGAAGCAUGGGGCCUCACUUCGAGAUCCCGCCAGCGUGCCUAGCAGCAUUCGUCACCAUCUUCAUGCUCCUCAGCAUCAUCAUCUACGACCGCGCAUUCAUGCCAUACAUCAAACGUCUUACGGGAAACCCCCGAGGGAUCACACUGCUACAGAGGAUGGGGAUUGGGUUCCUCCUCCAAAUCAUCGUCAUGGUCGCGGCUUGCCUGGCCGAGAGAAAGAGGCUCGAAGUUGCCGCCCAGCACAAUCGGUUGGGGAGACUAGACAUAGUCCCGCUCACCAUCUUCAUCUUGUUGCCCCAAUUUGCAUUGAUGGGGGUGGCAGAUUGCUUCAUGGAGGUGGCAAAGCUUGAGUUCUUCUAUGAUCAGGCGCCCCAGGGGAUGAAAUCCCUGGGGACUUCUUACUUCACUAGCAGCAUUGGGCUGGGGCAAUUCUUGAGCAGCUUCUUGGUGAGGACUGUGUCUGAAGUGACAGAGAGGAGGAAUGGGAAGGGUAGAGGUUGGAUCUUGAACAACCUGAAUGUGUCCCACUUGGAUUACUAUUAUGGGUUGUUGGUGGUUCUGGCGCUCGUGAACUUUGUGGUGUAUCUGCUAGUGGCUAAGUUGUUUGUGUAUAAUGUUGAGGGUUUAGAUCCCAAAAGGCAAGUUAUGGUGCAGCAUCACGAUGGCGAUGGUGAUGAUGAUGGAAUUGUUGGUAUUCCCAAGCAAUAGAUAAAGUUGGUGAUAAUUGGAAUUCGAGAGUUAACAUAAUGUGAUAAUCCGGGGCCGUGUACAUGUUGACCUGUUUGUAAGAAUGAUCGUGACGUUAUAUAAUAUGUCUUUCUUUUCCCUUGGAUUAUGCGGAUAAAAAAACAUUUAAUAUUCUUAAUGCAACUGAGGGCAUGGAGUAAUUUGAUUUGAUUUAAUUUUUCAAUAAUAAUUACUACAAAUGUCUUAAACUUUAACCAUGCUUUUCUCCCUUCAAAUUAAAUGGUGUAAUUUUUCAUAAAUGGACAUGUUGGGG